UUUUCCCCAUGACAGUAGCUGCCUGGACUUGCAAGAGCCUUGCUCAUCCAAACAUAGCCCACUGAAAUGACAAGUAUUAGUUACUGAUAAAUACAGAAGCCAAGUUGCCAAAACACUUGCAGUCAGAUACACCAAAGGGUAUGCAGAAAACAAAAAAGGAACAUACAACAUUCACCACAUAUUGGCUUUGUUCAGAUGCUUUGUUGGCAGAAUUGGAACUAACCUCGGAGAUUUUGAGUGAAGGUGACACAGAACCCCCAAAGGUUUGCUAUCUUCUGGAACGUGACAACAAGGAUAAACUAGACUCAGCAGCAGCACAGUCCAGUGUCCUCCAGCACAAGAACCUAAUUACCCCAGAAACCAAAAAGGUACAACCAGCAGUGAGCAUUCAAUAUCAUGGAGAAGAUGCAGACAGUAUUUACAGCAAGGUGCCAACUCCACAGCCCCUGGUCUCGUCAUCGUCUUCCACCUCAGCUGCUCAACAGCUGGAUGACCUGCUGGCUGGUUUGGGAUCAGUGCAGUCCAAGCCUUCAUAUGGGACAGAAGGUCCUGGAGAGCCAUCAUCAGGAGAACAGAAUGCCCCUGACACCCUAGACAGCAUGUUGGAAGGACUGACUCAGGGACUGCAGGACCUUGGAGUGGCUGCUGUGCCCAAGGGCAAUUGUGCUUCCUGCCACAAACCUAUUGCUGGAAAGGUUGUUACAGCGCUGGGACAGACGUGGCACCCAGAACACUUCACCUGUGCCCAUUGCAAAAAAGAAAUGGGUGCCAGGCCCUUCUUUGAACGGGACAGCAAGGCCUACUGCCAGGAAGAUUAUCAUCAGCUCUUUUCUCCUCGCUGUGCUUAUUGUACUGCACCAAUUCAAGAGAAAGUUCUUACAGCCAUGGAUCAGACCUGGCACCCAGAGCAUUUCUUUUGUGCCCACUGUGGGAAGAUGUUUGGCAAUGAAGGUUUCCAUGAAAAGGAUGGGAAGCCAUACUGCAAGAGAGAUUACCUGACUCUUUUCUCUCUCAAAUGCAAAGGCUGUGACCGGCCAGUGAUGGAUCAGUACUUGUCAGCACUGAAUGCUGUCUGGCAUCCUGAGUGCUUUGUGUGUGGGGACUGUUUCUGCAGCUUCUCCAAUGGAGCCUUCUUUGAAUUAGAUGGGCAGCCCUACUGUGAGCUUCACUUCCACCAUCAUCAGGGGACAGUGUGCCAUGGAUGUGGGAAGCCCAUUAUUGGGCGCUGUGUCAGUGCCAUGGGGCACAGGUUCCACCCAGAGCACUUUGUCUGUGCCUUUUGCCUCACCCAACUGCACAAUGGCAUCUUUCAGGAGCAAAAUGACAAAGCCUACUGUAACCCUUGUUUCAACAAACUCUUUUUUUGACUUUCCUAAAGAAAUUAGCCUUUUUUGGUCAUUACGUUUUUGGUGCUUCUUGCCUACUGAAAGAAGGUGGUGCUACAUGCGAUACUCUAAGUAUGCAUGCUCACGAUUUUUAUGUGAACAAGCAAUACGUGUAUUUUCCAGCGUUGGAAUGUGUGAAUGCAUACCUGCAACAAACCUGAUCACUUUACUGAAGCUGGAAAAUUUAGACAUUGUACCCCAUCCACACAAAAGGGCAAUGGUACAUAUUGAAAGGAUUGCACAUAGCAAGCUCUCCCAAGUAUGUGAGGUAGGAGCAUCAAAAAAGUAAUGACUGAAAAGGAUUUAUACUCAAAGGAAAUUGGAGGAGGAAAAGGAAAGGUAUUGACUCCAAUCCUGUGCAUACUUAUGUGGGUCUCAUACCACUGAUUUUAGUGGGAUUUACUCCCAUGUAAACAGGCAUAAGAUUGGUGAUAGAAAAUAUAGCCAUAAUCUCAACUGCCAUAAUGCAGCAACAAACUUUAAUGGACUCUGGUGUUUCGUAUAUAUUCUACUCCACUGGAUUUCAAACAACUUUACUAGUUUGUGCUAGUCCAAUAUUUUAUCAGGGACAUUUACAGCAGCUGUUUCCAUGAAGUCUCAAGAAAGUAGUAUCUGUUCUUCACUGAAGUUUCUUACUGCAUUUAUGUUUCACUUUCUAGGAAUGUCUCCGUCCUGAUUGGUAAUACCAAGUAGUUUUUUUCCUCACUGAAAAACAGUCAUGUCCACCAAAGUAUUCUACACUGAUUUUUUGUAACAAAAAUCAUACACAACCCCAUCUUUUUUACAAACUGAAUCUCCUAUUUUGAAGUUUUUUACUUUUUCAAGGAAAAAUCUGAAAACUUUCAAUCAAAACAUUUCCCACACGGAUAUAAGAACUGCAUACCGUGUUGAGAGCAAGACCUGAAGGCUUUCUGGCACAUGAUUAGCCUUCUGAUUCUGUGGAUGUCCCUAGUUGUCAAAAAAUUUCCACCAUGGCAUUGGCAUUUCAGUAAAUUCUCAGGUGCCCUGGCAACCUAGUCUUCCUUUUCAACACUCAAGUUGCCCAUUCUCUCUACAGUCAUCUGUUCUGUUAAAUUCACACAUGCAUGCAAGGAAGCAAGCAAAUUUUUACAAAUUGCUUUAGAUAGAAUCUUAUCCUUAAAUCCUCUCUUGAUUUUUCAUUUAUAUUGUAACAGAUGCCUAGAUAAUCUUUAGCAUAUUGUCUGUAUUUGAAUGACCAGA